AUGUAUGCUUGCUGCUCUACAGUAACUUUGGAACAGGACCUCAACAAAAAAAUGCAUAUCUGGAUGCUGCAAACGAUCGUGUUUGCUGUAACAUCUCUCGUCCUUUCGUGGGCAGAAAGCCUCGAGUAUUAUGGGGAAAUCUGUGAUAACGCGUGUCCCUGCGAGGAGAAGGACAGCAUCUUAACAGUGAGCUGUGAAAACAGAGGGAUCAUCAGCCUCUUUGAGAUCAGUCCACCAAGGUUCCCCGUCUACCACCUCUUGCUGUCUGGGAACCUCUUGAACAGGCUGUACCCGAACCAGUUUGUCAAUUACACGGGGGCUUCGAUUUUGCACCUGGGAAGUAACGACAUACAAGACAUCGAAACCGGGGCCUUUCACGGUCUGAGAGGUUUGAGGAGGCUGCACCUGAACAAUAACAAGCUGGAACUCUUAAGGGAUGACACUUUCCUUGGGCUGGAGAGUCUGGAAUACCUACAGGUCGAUUAUAAUUAUAUUAGUAUCAUUGAACCCAACGCCUUCAGCAAGCUGCAUCUGCUGCAGGUGCUGAUUCUCAACGAUAACCUCCUCUCUAGCUUGCCCAACAACCUUUUUCGUUUUGUGCCCUUAACUCACCUGGACUUGAGGGGUAACCGGCUAAAGCUGUUGCCCUAUGUGGGCCUCCUGCAGCACAUGGAUAAAGUGGUGGAGCUGCAGCUGGAGGAAAACCCUUGGAAUUGCUCUUGUGAGUUGAUUGCUCUAAAGGAUUGGCUGGACAGUAUCUCCUACUCCGCUCUGGUAGGAGACGUGGUUUGCGAGACCCCUUUCCGCUUGCACGGUCGAGAUUUGGACGAAGUCUCCAAGCAGGAGCUUUGCCCCAGGAGGCUCAUCUCGGAUUAUGAAAUGAGACCGCAGACACCGCUGAGCACCACGGGGUACUUCCACACUACCCCGGCCUCGGUCAACUCCGUGGCCACCUCUUCUUCAGCUGUUUACAAAUCCCCCUUGAAGCCCCCCAAAGGCACCCGCCAACCCAACAAGACGAGGGUGCGCCCCACCUCCCGCCUGCCCUCGAAAGACCUGGGCUACAGCAACUACGGCCCCAGCAUCGCCUACCAGACCAAAUCCCCGGUGCCUUUGGAGUGCCCCACCGCCUGCACCUGCAACCUGCAGAUUUCCGACCUGGGCCUCAACGUCAACUGUCAGGAGAGGAAGAUUGAGAGCAUUUCCGAGCUGCAGCCCAAGCCCUAUAACCCCAAGAAGAUGUACCUGACGGAGAACUACAUCGCGCUGGUACGCCGGGCGGAUUUUGUGGAGGCCACCGGGCUGGAUUUGCUGCACCUGGGCAAUAACCGGAUCUCGGUCAUCCAGGACCGGGCCUUUGGGGAUCUAACGAACCUGCGGCGGCUGUACCUGAACGGGAACCGUAUCGAGCGGCUGAGCCCGGGGCUGUUCUACGGGCUGCAGAGCCUGCAGUACCUGUUCCUGCAGUACAACGUCAUCCGGGAGAUAGAGGCGGGCACCUUUCAGUCUGUCCCCAACCUCCAGCUCUUGUUUUUGAACAACAACCUGCUGAGGUCUUUGCCGGGGAAUAUUUUUUCUGGUCUGUCUCUCUACAGGCUGAGCCUGCGGAGCAACCACUUCUCCUACUUGCCAGUGAGCGGGGUGCUGGACCAGCUGAAGUCCCUGCUGCAGAUCGACUUGCACGAGAACCCCUGGGACUGCACCUGCGACGUGGUGGGGAUGAAGCUGUGGCUGGAGCAGCUCAACACCGGCGUCCUGGUGGACCAGGUCAUCUGCGAGUCCCCCAAGAAGUUCGCCCAGAGCGACAUGCGGGCG